UGCUUUACAAGAAUAUUAUUUACUUAAAUUUUAUAUUCUGAAGCUUACUAUAUGCAAGUUAUAGAUAUAUACAUACCCAAAUCUCUUUCAAAGAUCAAUACCAAUUCAAGAGCUUAUUUAUCUUAAGGCGAAAAAUACACAAGUUUUUCGAGAAUUUGUUGUUAAUUGAGAGAUAUGGGGAUUCAAGAGAUCAAAGUUGAUGCAAUGUCAAAGAAGGCUACCCCUGGAAAAGCAACUAUUCUAGCCCUUGGUAAAGGUUUCCCUCAUCAACUUGUAAUGCAGGAAUUUUUGGUUGAUGGAUACUUUAGGAACACCAACUGCGAUGACCCUGAACUCAAGGAGAAGCUUAAUCGCCUCUGCAAGACAACAACAGUGAAAACAAGGUAUGUGGUAAUGUCAGAUGAGAUCCUUGAUAAGUACCCGGAGCUAGCAAUUGAAGGCAAGCCCACAGUAACACAAAGGCUUGACAUUUGCAAUGAAGCUGUGACCCAAAUGGCACUGGAAGCCUCCCAAGCCUGUAUUUCAAACUGGGGUAGGCCCAUUUCAGACAUUACCCACUUGGUAUAUGUGUCAUCUAGUGAGGCCCGUUUACCCGGUGGAGACAUCUACCUUGCUAAAGGGCUUGGGCUGAAACCCGAGACAAAUCGGGUUAUGCUCUAUUUUGCAGGUUGCUCCGGCGGUGUUGCCGGCCUUCGAGUUGCCAAGGAUAUAGCUGAAAACAACCCAGGUAGCAGGGUGUUACUUGCAACAUCAGAAACAACCAUAAUAGGGUUUAAGCCACCAAGUGCAACUAGACCAUAUGAUCUAGUUGGUGUAGCACUAUUCGGAGACGGUGCAGGGGCAAUGCUAAUCGGGUCAGACCCGGAUACUAGCAUCGAACGACCCUUAUUCGAGCUUCACACUGCCAUCCAACAUUUCUUACCUGAUACUGAGAAGAUUAUUGAUGGAAGGCUAACAGAAGAAGGCAUAAGUUUCAAGCUAGACAGAGCAUUACCACAAAUAAUUGAAGACAAUAUUGAAGGCUUUUGUGGUAAGUUGAUGGACACAAUAGGAAUGUCUGACAAAGAUUACAACAAAAUAUUCUGGGCAGUGCACCCUGGUGGACCGGCGAUCCUAAACAGGCUCGAGAAAAGGCUCGAUUUAUCACCGGAAAAGUUGAUUGCUAGCCGAAGAGCUUUGGCCGACUAUGGUAAUGCUAGCAGCAAUACAAUUGUGUAUGUGAUGGAGUAUAUGAUGGAAGAAAGCAAAAAGUUGAACAAAGAAGUUAUGAAUGGUAUUGGUGAUGAAUGGGGCUUGAUAUUGGCUUUUGGUCCUGGUGUUACAUUUGAGGGUAUUGUUGCUAAGAACCUCAUUAUGUGAACUAAAUUAUGUUAUACUUUACUUAAUAAUGUGCAUCAGAUGCUGCUUAAUUACUGCUACAAAUGCUACAUAAAAGUCUGAAACUGCUCAAGUUUCUGUACUGGUUUCAUUCAGUCAAUUGCAUCACAGUUUCAAGUUGA